UGUUCUAUAAAAUUAACUAGGCAAGACUUAGUUUUAGAAGUUGACAGGUAUUGUAUCUUAUAUCUUCAAUAUUCUACUAUUCUACCCAUUACUCAUACAAUGAAUAAUAUUUCUUUUCUUCCUUGAUUCAAACUUGCUGAUUAUGCUCAUAAAUAUAUUGCCAUUUCACUCGUGUCAAAUGUUAUCAUAUGCAGUAAUUUAUUAAUAGUUAAAAAAAAGUAACAGAACUAUCUCACUGGCCAUAUGCGGAAAGAAUGUUCCAGGUAUGUUUGUUCUCUAAAUAUGGAUCGCAACCUUGCAGAUAAAUGAGCUGACGAAUUCCAAAGAGAAUUAAAGCUCAAAUAGAUAGUCGCAUUGAAGAAGAGAAGGCACGACUAAACGCUACAAAUCCUUCCGUUCAAAGAUCGGCUUCUACAUCCUCAAUCUCAAGACGACCUGCGAACGUAUCCCCCUCUAGAAAGCCACGGAAACUAAGGGCAAAAGACGAUGAUGAAAUAGGUGGCAGAGGCCCAGAUCCUGCAGACUUUGAAUCUGCUUUUGUGAUUGAAGACGAGUCCGAGGCUUCAACUCGAGCUGGGACACCAGCCGGCGAGAGCCUUAAUCCAAUGGCGGGAAAUGCGGAUAAGCCCUUGGGCGGCAGUCCUUCUGCUGCGAAUGGCAGUGAGAAGUCAGCGGAUGCCACCCCAAGAGCUUCUGCUGAGCUUCCAACUGAGGUUAGAACUAAGUUGCGAAAGCUAGAAAAGUUAGAGGGUCGAUAUCAAGGUGGGGUUGAUAUGCAUAGUUUCGGUCUACAUAUAUUAAUGAUUUCAUAGAGCUUCUCAAGUCAUACCGAGUUGCACAUGCUCGUGCCGUUUCGAUCGAACCCUUCGAAAAAGUCCUCAAAGAGCAUACACCUAUCGGUUCUAUCCAAGAACCGGAUUCGCUGGUUGAAUAUCUCGACCAACAGAAACAACAAGGAGGAUUAGUCAGGGACGAACUCACACGGGUAUCCGCAGAGCGCGACGAAUACAAAAAGAAGUACGAAGAGUCCGAAAUACAAAAUGCUAGUCUGAGGGAGGAGCUCACGUCUCUUCAAAACUCUACUAUCGUUGGUGGAAGUUCCACUACUGGUUCCGCGGAAAAAGCAGAGACUAGUAGCAUCAACACCCCAUCCACUUCCGUCAAAUCCCCUGUUACAUCAGCCCUUGGAAUUUUCUCUCCCAAGCAGAAGCCACAACCCUCCGACAACAAGGAUAUUAAUGAGGAAUUCUUCUCGUACGACGAUGAAUUACCAAAAUUACAAUCAGAGAUCAAAGCUAAGUCGGCAGAAGUUGAUGAGCUAAAAUCGAAAGUUUCUUCAUUAGAAAAGGAUCUUAUCGCUGCUAAAGAACUAGGUUCUAGUCUAGCGAAAGAUUUGGAAAAGGUAACACUCGAGUUGAACGGUUCCAUCAAGGAGGCUACCAGUCUGGCCCAGUCCCGCCAAGAGCAAUUAGAUAUCCAGGAGGGAGAGACUAAAAGGCUCAGUGAUAAGUUACAAGCAACCGAAGCACAGCUUGGUGAACUCGAAAAGACCUUUGAAGCCCAAAAGAAAGAGCACUCGGAGAGAUGGGGCCAAUCAAGAACCACUGAAACACAUGUCACCGAGCUCGAGAAGGCCUUGGAAACUGAAAAGAAGGAACACUCAGGAAUACUGAGUAAAUUAAAAACCACGGAAGCCCAGCUUGCCACACUCGAGGAGACCUUGGAAAAUGAAAAGAAACAGAGCUUGGAGAGAUUCUCAAUCCUGAAAUCAGAUCUCAAAGACCAAAUGACAACGGCAGAGAAGAAGCUCAAGUCCGAGUUGGAUAGCCGUAAAGAAGCCGAGCAACAACUUGGGCUCCUAAAAGUUCAGAUCAAGGAACUCAAUGCGUCAAAAACGAGAGAUCUUAAAUCCCAGUCGGACGCCCGUGGGGAAGCCGAGAAACGAAUAGAGCUACUCGAAGUUCAAAUUAAGGAGCUUACAGAGUCGAAGGAAGCAGAUGCUAAGCGCGUCAAAGAGCUUGAGGACGAAAUUGAAACUCUAAAGACUAACGAGGAGCCGACUCCAGCAGGUGAAGACGUCCUUGCAUCCGUCCCACCCACACCAUCAACAUCGGCACCCUCUACAUCCAACAAGAAGAAAUCGGACAAGAAGAAGAAGGGCAAGAAAAAUGGUAAUGCCGCUGCUAAUAAAGAGCCCACUCCUGCUUCCGUGAAGGCCCCUAAUCUUGAGACUGUUAUUGAUAAUUUGCGAGCUGAACUCGACAAAUUCAGGGCUGAUAUCGCUGAUAAGGACAAGCAAAUAGCAAAGUUAGUAGCAAACCGCAAGGAUGAGGAAGGUCUUAGGGAGGAGAUUGAGAAUCUUCAAGAAAAUUUGCUCAUUAUUGGUCAAGAUCAUGUGACGGCUAAGGACACAAUCAAGGAACUUCGAGCCGAGAAAGCUGCUCUUGAAGAGAAGACUAGCAAUUUAGAGGCUGAAAUCAAGGGCCAAGAAAAUGGAAAGAUAUCUUCAGACGAGAUGGAGAAGGAGAAAGCUGCUUUAACAGAGCAGCUCGCUCUUGUAGAGUCCAAGCUGCAGGCGACAAUAGACUCUGGCAUCGAGGAUGAAGCAAAGCGAUUAGCAGAACGGACUGGCUUGCAAGAAGAAAAGGCUGCUCUUGAAGAAAAGGUUGCCAAGUUAGAGUCUGAGAUCGAAACUCACAAGACAGCUUCAGCCAAAUUAGAAUCUGAAAUCGAAAUUCACAAGAACGCCACAGCCAGGUUGCAGGAGGAGAAGGUCGCAUUUGAAGAAAAGGUUGGCGAGUUAGAGUCUGAAAUUGGGACUCACAAGACAAAUUCGACUAAAUUGGAAGAAGAUUUUAAGAAGAUCACAUCUGAAUAUGAAGAUUUGAAGUCGAAAUCAAGCACAAUGCAGAAGGACCUUGGUGCCGCCGAGCAAUUAGCUACAUCACGUUACAGGGAGCUGACAGAUCUAAAACAAAUCCUACAAAAUGCACAACCAGAACUGAAGACUCUGCGCACUGAGAACGCGAACUUGAAGAGUAUCAAGGAUGAGCUGAACGCUCGUACUUCAGAAUUGAGAAGAUUGGAAGCUCGAGAGAAAGAUCUGAAGGGUGAUCUUGCUAGUUUCAAGAAGCAAGCUGCUGAUAGAGAUGGCGAGAUUCGGUCUUUGAAUGAGAAGGUUGUUCAGGAGACAAAUGGCCGACUUCGAGCCGAGGAUGAAGUCCGCAUAGCACGCCGUGAUUUGCGAAAAUCUGAGGCUGAAAAGAUUCAACUGGCGGCCUCGGGCGAAAAAGCCAUUGAAGAAUUAUCAAAGGUGCAAGAAGAAGCCGGGAAGUUACGUAGUCGCGUUCAAGAUCUUGAAGGACAGGUUUCAAAACUUUCUACUGAGACUAAGGGGCUUCGCGAGGAGGUUGAGUUAAGAGGUUCUCAAUACAGCAAUGCACAAGGUCUACUUGGAAGCAUGAGAGAUCAAACAGCUGAGAUGGUCAUACAAUUAAAGGAAAAGAAAGAACAAGCAGAGGGUCUUGAGGAAGAACUCGGUGAAGUCCAGAGAUUAUUAAGCGAGCGAACUCGAGAGGGAGAAAAAAUGCGGGGACUCUUGGCCAAGGUGCAUGAUCAAGCUAACACCAGGGUCCAGGAAAUGAAAGAACGCAUGGAAGCUGCCAUUGGAGAGCGCGAUCGAGCCGAAGAUGAAGCUAGUACCAAUGCUCGUCGUAGAUCUCGAGAAGUAGAUGAGCUCAAAACUAAGAUUAGAGAUUUCGAGCGCCAGAUUAAGCGAGCAAGUGAAGACCGAGAUGAAUUGGAACAAUCACAAAAGGAAUUCAAAAGACGCCGUGAAGAACUUGAGGUUGUUGCCGAAAAGGCAUCCCAGGAAUCCAAUGAUAUCCGCUCAGCAAUGAGUGAACUCCGAAAUGCAUUGGAUGGUAGUGAAAAGCAACUGCGUGAUGCCGAGAAACAGAAAGCGGAUGCACGAAAGCUUCUUGAGGAAGCUAAUCAACGAUAUGAAAAACUUCAAAAAGAAUUCAAGGCAUUACAGAUGAAGACAUCGAGGUUAAAUGACGUUUCUUCGAGAUCCAGUAUCGAUUCUGGGAGAUCAAAAAGCCCGGCAAAUGGAAGGAGAGAUGGUGGUGCCGAUACUUAUUACGUCAAGACGAUUUUGUUACAGUUUUUGGAACAAAAGGAUAAGAGAAUACAGCAGAAUUUGAUUAAUACAGUUGUUGGACAAUUAUUACAUUUAGAUAAGUAUGUUUUGUUUUUUUUUUUUGCUUUUUGCUAACUUAUUCUAUUUGGAUUCUUGAUGAUGAUGGUGUACUAAUGGAAUUCAAUUACAGAAAUGAACAGGAUAAAUGGAUUGCAGCGAUUUCCAGUUGGAAAUGAGUAAACAAUUGGUAGCGAUAAAGCGAAAGUUAGAAUUACGUCCUGGAAGGAAGUGGUAUUAUUCGAUGAAUGUUUUGUAUAUUAAUAUUUUUGUGGAUGGUGCUUGGCCUGGAUUGGAUGAGCGAAUGCUUUACAGCGUAUUGACAAUGAAGGAACGCAAAUAUCAAUGAGAUGGAAGAGAUAAGUGAGCAAUUUUUUUUAUGCCUUUAGAUUCUGGGACGAAGAAUUCAUCCUGCUUGUACAGAGUAUACCAUCAUUCAUCAUUCAUCAUGUUAGUAUAGUUGGUAUCAAAGUAUCAAAGUGUCAGAGUAUUCUUAGAAUCGCUACAUG